AUGGAUGAGUUGAUUGACCGACUACAGGUUACCAUAAAGAAUCUUGUGUCAAAGAAGGAGUUCUUGGAGCAGCAGAGAGAAGAGUAUAUAAAGCUAUGGGAGCGACUGCAAGCGUAUGAUGCCGGUGAUUUUGAAGAUGACGAAGAGCAGGAUGAGAGUGCAGGGAUCAAAGGACUAUUAUUUGGGGAACUGUUUCUGUCGAGUCGCAUAUUCUUGAAUAUUGGAGGAGAAUAUUACCUGGAAAAGAGCCGCGAAGAGGCUGUGGAGUGGGCAGGUGAGAAGCUGCGGUUGAUGGAAGAAGCUAUUUCAGAGUUCAAAGGGAAGCUUAAGGAGGCUGAAAAGACUAUAAAGGACCUCAAAGAGAUGGAUGGGAUGGUUGGAUCCUGGAACGAAGACGAAGCGGACGUUUUGACGAACGAAGGUCUGCCUUUCAUGGAUAUUCGCGAAGAAUUGGACAGUGAGGGAAACGUGAUCAGUAGUUCAGUGACACCUGCACACACUGGUGCUGGUACAAAGGCUGAACAUGAGGCUCACAAAGCGCCCACAAAAGAGACUAAAGAAAGUUUGAGCGAAUCUAGUGUAAGCUCCGAGUCUACUAGGGCGCAAGAGUCGUCUGCACGGGGCGAAGAGAAGCCCAGUGGAACCACGGACUUGUUAGCCGAGCCUGCAGAGGAGUCUGUGGAACAGCUGCAAGAUGAUAGAGCUGCAAUUGAUCCUAAGGAUAUUUAUACGUUUGAUGAUAUGGUCCGUCAUAUGGAAAAAUUGGAUCUGACCGAAGAGGAUGAGGCUGAUUAUGAAUCCCAGAUCAAGUACGAUUACCAAAACAUCCAGGAUUCUUUUGGAUACAACGAGGAAGAAGAGGAAGAAGAGGAAGAGGAAGAAGAGGAGGAGGAUGAUGAGACAGAUUCUGACAGCAUGCCCUCACUGGUUCCUAAUGACUUAGCGCAGAAGUCUUUUAUGAGCCAAAUUAAUCAGCUACGUGAGGCAAAACUUAAUCAAUUACAAAAUGAAAAAGAAGCAUCAAUUAAGUCCAUUCUCAAGAAUCCAAAUAACAAAAAUUCCCAGAAAGCAAAGAAAUCUGUCGGCUUUGCUACUUCUCUGGACCUCUAUGAGGUCGAGAACAUGAAGCAAGAAACUAAGGCGAACACUAUUUCUUUCGUUAGCAACCCCUGGACAAAUUUCCAGUCAUAUGAUUCUUACCUAGAUGAUCCACAUUCACCUAACCUGGACGAGGAUGGAUUUGAUAGUGAAUUAUUUGCGAAGAUGCUUGGUGCCAAAGAGGCAGACGAGCUUCACGAAAACUACAAUAGCGUAGCAGCCCCAAUUGUCGAAGCCAAGCCACAGAAGAAAAAGAUUUCUAGAUUUAAGUUAAACAGGUUAAACACCGAUGACGCUGUGUCUAAGCAGAGUCAUCGUGGAGUCUCUGUUCACGAAAAUGAUUCCAACGUCGUCAGCGACAUUAUUGAAAGGCCUAGUCCCACCUCUGAAAGCACCCAAGGUACCUUAUCAUUCGUUCCACUAAUGCAAAAGGAACUUAAAUCACUCAACAGACCAAGGAACAAGGCAAAAAGUCCUUCUACUGCCAAGAUAGUUACCAAGGAUCUGGAGGAAAAUGAAGAUGCCUCAACGGAGGUUCUGGAGACCAAACCGGCACCCGAAGAGAUUCAAUCUUCUUACCUAAUGCACGAAGACGUCCAGAAACAAAUAACUGGCUACAACAGUGAUCCAAAGGUGCCAACGGUAGACUUCAGUAGGUUAAGCGACAACAUAGACGAUAUGGCCCAAGCAUAUAACUUUGGCAUUUACGACGACGAUAUCGACGACCCUGGCGCCAUAGUAGAGAAAUUAGAAGACUUCAAUGCAUACAAUAAGCAGGCAACAGAACUAAAAACCGAAAUUGAGGAGUUUAGGGCUGAUACGGCGGACUUCGAAGAAGGCGACUCAAGUAAUGACUACGUUAUGGCCGAUAUUAUCGAACACGAUCUGAAGGAUAUGCAGCCUCCAGAUUCUCAAGAUAUCGACGAUCUGUCGUUAAGUUACGAUAAGCUUCAAGAGGAAAUAGCACUACAGUACCACAUUAUGCGUCCUCGCAUGUUGCAGUCAAUGGGCAGUAAUAUACAACCAGAAGAUGAAGAUUCUUUACAACUUGAGCCAAUCGACGAAUACGGGAAUCCUGUCAAAACAAGUAGGUUCAGAUCCAAUAGGGGUAAGUUUACUACUUUACAGUAG